AGAUGGUCUCUGGCAGAUGAUAGAAAAUGUUUAUUUGACAUUUUUAUUUUAACAUUAUCUCUGUUAUUCCUUCAUUUAUACACAUAUAAUGAGUAAAUCUGUGUUUAAUAAUAUUUAUUGUCAACCUUAUAAAAGUAACAAGAUUAAGUUAUACAAAAAUGCAAAAGAUAAUAUAAAUUUUAUACAACGAUUGGGACUAUUAAAAAAAUUACCUGUUCAUUAUGGUUGUGUAAAUACAUUACAAUGGAAUAGUACCGGAGAAUACAUUUUAUCUGGAUCAGAUGACCAACAUUUAAUGGUUACAAAUGGUCAUAAUUAUAAAGUAUUAGUUGAUUAUAACACUAGUCACAAUGCUAAUAUAUUUAGUGCAAAGUUUUUACCUAUGUGCAAUGAUCAACAAAUUGUUUCUUGUUCUGGAAAUGGUACUAUAUUGCAUACAGAUUUACAAAGACCAAAGGAAACUUAUAAUAAUCAAUUUACUUGCCAUGGUGGUACAACAUAUGAAGUUAUUACCAUAUACAAUGAUCCAAAUACAUUUUUAAGCUGUGGGGAAGAUGGCACAGUACGUUGGUUUGAUUUAAGAACAAAAUCAAGUUGUAAAAAAUCGGGUUGUAAAGAAGAUAUUUUGGUCUCCCAAUUAAGUGCAGUAACAGCUUUGGAUAUCAAUCCAAUGAUGUCACAUCAUCUAGCAGUAGGAUGUUCAGAUUCUACAGUCAGAUUAUACGAUAGACGUUUUCUAAGCACAUCAAGUAAAAAAAAAUUUUUUUUCUUAAAAAGAAAAUCUAAUUAUCUGUAUUAUUUAGAUGCGAGCAGUAUAAAACCGUUUUCAACAAUAGUUGCAACCGAAUUAGAAGAGAAAAACUAUCGUAUUACCUCUUUAAACUACAGCGCGGAUGGUCACGAUAUGUUAGUCAGUUACUCUUGCGAUCACAUCUAUUUAUUCGGUUUAAAAGAUGUGAGUUGUACGAAUUUAAAGCGGGGUCCGAGAAUUAGAUGUAAAUCCAAAAAUUCAAACAAACGCGAAUGGAAGUGUCCGCCUACCGUAAGAAGACUUCGAUUGCGUGGUGAUUGGUCCGAUACUGGUCCGGAUGCAAGACCAGAAAGAGAAAAUACUUCAAAUCCAACAGAAAUAAGUCAAGCUCGCCCUCAAUUACAUGGUAGUUUAAUGCAAAGAAUGACUCGGGUGUUAUCUCAUAUGUUAAACGAUCCGAUGACCAGAGCCGCAUUAAAUGCUGUGGGUGAUGGGGGUCCGGAAGGAGAAAAUGCAACCGUUGACGUCACCGCUGACGCCAAUGAAAAUAACGCGGAAGCUUCGCAAAAUAACGAAGAAAAUAAUUCGAUGGUUUUGGAAACUUCUCCGGCUUCAUCUCAAAACAACGCAGACUGUGAUACAAAUUCAUCUGAAGGCGCAGAUUUUUCUUCGCAACCUUCCAGUUCCCAAACGACUAGAAGUGAAGCUAUGGAAACUGAAGAUGGUGAGGAAGAGAACCAAGACGAGGGCGGAGAAGAUAAAAAAGAAGAUAAUUGUACAAAAAAAGUCCAAUCCACGUCUUCAAAUCAGACAAGUCACACAGUUGAUCCCUCGACAAUUAAUACAUCAAUAAUAACUAGGCAUCUAAGACAACAUCUAUCUCUUCUACGUAGCUUGCGUCAGGGUUACAUUGCGCAGCACGGCGAUGAACCUUCCGUUAGUCUGCGUUAUUUCGACCAGAGCACUUCCGGGUCCACCAUCAGCCUUAAUCCAUCUAAUAUUAUUUACGAUAAUUUACCGGAAUCAGAAGAUACCAAAGAAUUACCGCAGGAUGGUGAUGUAGAGUUGGAUUAUGAAGAAACCGAUGAAACAGGGUAUUCCGAUAUCGUUUUUGAAGCGGAAAGGAAAAUGAAAUAUUCUGGACAUCGAAAUGCACGGACAAUGAUAAAAGAAGCAACAUUUUGGGGUAAUGAUUAUGUAAUGUCUGGUUCCGAUUGCGGGCACGUUUUUGUUUGGAAUCGCCAUAACGCUGAGUUGCAAAUGUUGCUCCAAGCUGAUCAACACGUAGUAAAUUGUUUACAACCUCACCCAUCAUUACCAUUAUUAGCAACGAGUGGUAUUGAUCAUGAUAUUAAACUGUGGGCUCCAGUUUUACAUGAACCUGCUUUCGAUAGCGUUACAGCCAAUAAGCUUAUGGAAAGAAAUGAGAUAAUGUUGGAAGAAACAAGAGAUACAAUAACAGUUCCAGCAGCUUUUAUGAUUAGAAUGUUGGCGUGUUUGAACCAAAUAAGGCAAGGAGCUCGAGCUAGAACGAACGCGGAUGAGAAUGAAGAUUGUUAAAGAUUAUUACUUACAUUUCUUUUAAAAAAAUUGUUAAUAUUGUUGUACUUUAUUAUAAUGAUCUUAUUUAUGAUAUAGUAUCUAAUGUAAAUAAUAGAUUUUUUUGUGGAUAAUAAUAUAUUUCUAAAAAGUUAA